CCGUCCCUGUGCAUUGCAUCUCAAUUGCUUUUCAAGCUCACCCACACAAUAUCUUUCUUUUUUUAUUCAGUGUCUAGACGAAAUGCUGAUUCUGAGUUGAGGAUGGUGCUGAUUGGAAAAACUGGGACUGGGAAGAGUGCAUCAGGAAACACCAUCCUGGGCUCAAAGGAGUUUAUAUCUGAAACUAGCUCCUCUUCAGUUACGAGAGAGUGUUUGAAGAUUAAAGGAGAAGUUGAUGGGAGAAGCGUUGCUGUGGUCGACACUCCAGGCUUGUUUGACACCGAGCUCAGUAUCACAGAAACGUUAUGUGAGAUUGUGAAGUGCAUUUCCAUGUCUUCCCCGGGACCCCAUGCAUUUCUGAUUGUGAUGCAAGUGGGUCGAUUCACAAAGGAAGAGAGAGACACAGUGGAUCUAAUCAUGAAGACUUUCGGUGAGGGAGCUGAGAAAUACACAGUGGUGCUCUUCACCCGCGGAGAAGACCUGGAAGAUAAUGAGACGAUUGAGGAAUACAUUGAGAGAGGUGAUCAGCACCUCAAGAACAUUGUAGAGAAGUGUGGAGGCCGGUGUCACUCCUUCAACAACAAGAUGAUGAGCGAUCGCUCCCAGGUCACUGAGCUGCUGGGGAAGAUAUACAGGAUGGUGGAAAAGAACAAAGGCAGCUGCUACACCAAUGAGAUGUACAAGAAGGCUGAAGCAGCCAUUGAAGAAGAGAAAAAGAGGAUAAUGAAGGAAAGCCCAGGUUACAGUGUGGAAGAUGCUAGAAAGAAAGCAGAAAGAAGCAAAGCAUUUAUAAAAACAUUAAUAGGAGCAGGAAUAGGAGCAGCAGCAGGAGCAGUACUAGGAGCAAGAAUAGGAGCAUUUGGAGGACCCAUAGGAGCAGCAGUAGGAGCAGGAAUAGGAGCAGCAGUAGGGAUAGUAGCUGUGGUAAAUGACAAAUGUUCGAUACAGUAAAGUCCUGUAUGAGCCCUGACUUUGUCAGACUCCAGUGUAUUUCAAUGUGCUUUCUGUUUACUUCAUGUAUUGUUUCUCCUGCUCUCUGUACAAUGAACUAAAACAUAUUACUGUGGCUGUUUUCUUCUUUUAAUUUAGCAAGAACCUCAAAUAAACUUUAAAACACAA